GCGCUGCAGGAGGCGAUGGAGCAGCAGCUGGACGAGGAGGACGUGUCAGAGGCGUCGCCGCUGCUCGUGUCGCCGCCGUCCACGCCCCUGGAGCCCCGCGUGAUGGUCGCCACGCCGACGGUGCUGCCGCCGCCGCCGCCUUUCCAGUCGCCUCCCUCUUCCAAGUGCAGGGUCAAGUUCAACGUCGCCAGGACCCCCUCGACUGCAUCGUCUACACCUUCCGGAUACCUGGACUCCGUCGACGCCCUGGGGAUCGAGUUGCCGACGCCUGCUCCGGUCGGCGGACACAGCGCGAGGGACGCCAACUCCACGGACACGGACCUCAUCUUCCUGGAGAGCAUAGCAAGGAGAGAGAAUCCGGAACGUUACAACCAAGGGAAGUUGAGUCUGGCUGUACAACUGAGUGAAGAGUGUGACCGAGCCCAAAACAAAGACGCCUGGGAGUUAGCAGAUUUGCUACGCAAGCCUCAUGUAAAGGCAGUGUUGGGCACACACGAUGUGGUGACUGGAAGAACAGAGGAACCUGAUGUUUUACUAGAGUUCCAGCAACCAGAAAUAUUGAGGAAAAUGGAUAACAGUGAGAUUCGUAUGGUGGCAGUUAGGAGAGGUCACAAUGAGCCACUUGGAAUGACAGUACAAGUAGACGAAAAUGGCAACCUGCUGAUUGCAAGAAUUCUUGCUGGCGGUAUCAUAGAGAGUCAGGGGUCUUUGAAAAUAGGAGAUUUUAUUUUGGAAGUCAAUGGUUACCCCGUGGACUCCCCUGAAGAACUUCAGGAGCGAAUUGCUUACUCCAAAGAAACCAUAACAUUCAAAGUUGCGCCAGCAAAAGAGGAAAACAAUCAGACAUCUAAUGAGUAUGCAACAAAUGUAGCAAAACAGAAUGGUGCAAGCUCUGUGUGUUAUAUGAGGGCACUCUUUAACUACAACCCAUUGGAGGAUACACUUCUUCCAUGCAAAGAAAUUGGUUUGGAAUUCCAGCAUGGUGACAUUCUACAGAUUGUAAACCAAGAUGAUCCGAAUUGGUGGCAAGCUAAAAGGGUUGGAUGGAAUGGGCCAGCAGGCCUCAUUCCCUCCCAGGAACUUGAGGAGAGAAGAAAAGCCUUUGUUGCACCAGAUGCUGACUAUGUGCAUAAAAUUGGAAUAUGUGGCACAAGGGUGUCAAAGAAAAAGAAAAAAAUCAAGUACCAAUCAAAGUCAAACAAUGAUUACGAUAAGGCAGAAUUACUGCUAUAUGAAGAAGUCACCCGUAUGCCUCCUUUUAAGCGCAGAACUCUUGCUCUAGUUGGAUCGCAAGGAGUUGGACGUCGCACACUGAAAAAUCGAUUAAUCAACAGCAACACUGACAAGUUUGGAACUAUUAUGCCUUAUACCUCUAGACCGCAGCGAGAUUAUGAAGACAAUGGAAAGUGCUACUGGUUUGUAGACAGAGAAACUAUAGAGAGUGAUAUUCGCAAUCACAAAUACCUUGAAUAUGGUGAGCACAAAGGUCACAUUUAUGGAACAACAUUGGAUUCAAUAAGAGAAGUCAUCAAUGAUGGGAAGAUGUGUGUCCUUGACUGCAGCCCAGCAGCAUUGAAGAUCCUCCACAAUUCGUCAGAAUUCAUGCCAUACGUCAUUUUUAUUGCUGCACCUGGUAUGGAGCAGCUUAAAACUCUCCACAAUUAUGGCAGGGGAAGCAGAAACGUGAUGUUUGAUCGGCAGAGUUCAAUAAGAUUUAGCUCACAGAGGGCUCGCACACUUCAAUCUCUCCAAACAAUGUUUGAGGAAGAAGAUCUUUUACGUAUGGUAGAGGAAAGUGCCUGCCUGCAACGUACGUAUGAAAAGUACAUAGACUAUGUCAUUGUGAAUGAGGAUCAUGAUGAAACAUUCCGUAAGGUGGUUCAACAACUGGAGACCCUCAGUUCUGAGAACCAAUGGGUCCCAGUCAAUUGGGUGUACUGAGCAGUGAUAUCAAACAUGUAUGUGUUCUGUGUUGUAUGAUAUAUUUUGUUACUGAUGCCAGAAGUUCUUUUCUUUAUAACUUAAAUGAGCUUUAUUCUUGAUGUGCCUAUCUUUUUAUGGUUUUCAUCAAUGUGAAAUCAAACUGUUGUUUUGUUCAUUGUUUAUUGUACAUAAAAAUAGCUUAAGAAAACAAAUACUUGACAACAAUAAUAUCAAGUUUUUGAAAAGCACAACUAGUAUUAACAUGAAAUGAAUUUUCAUUAAAUUUGUAAAUAUCUCAUAUUAUUCUCACAUUUCAUGUGAAAAAGAAACUGCCAUUAAUGAAGUAGAUUUGAAAUGUACAGAUUCCAUACCUGUACGGCAGGAAUGUUUCAUUUGCAAGAAAAUCCGUCCAAUAAUGUGAUUAAAUAAGUGAGGAGUCAACAACAAAAAAGAUAAAAUAAAUGAUGAUACACUUUCCUACUUGA